AUGGCACCGUUUGAAGCACUCUAUGGGAGAAAAUGCCGAACGCCACUUUGUUGGUUCCAGGAAGGAGAGAACGUGCUAACUGGACCUGAGCUUAUCCAGCAGAAAUCUUAUGCGGAUAAGAGGAGAAGACCUUUGGAGUUCGCUGCAGGAGAUCAUGUGUUUCUUCGACUCAACCCGAUCAUUGGUGUAGGCCGAGCCGUUCGUCCAAAGAAGCUGUCUCCCAAAUUCAUUGGACCAUAUCAAAUCCUGAAGAAAAUUGGACCAGUAGCAUACGAGCUUGCAUUGCCACCUCAACUGUUGAACCUUCACCCUGUAUUCCACGUUUCCCAACUUCGGAAGUACAUAGCGAAUCCAUCCCACGUACUGGAGUUGGAAGACAUUCAACUUCGUCCAGACCGAACGUUGGAGAUGCAGCCGGUGCGAAUUGAAGAAAGUGAUACCAGAUAUUACAAGCGGAAAGCUGUCCGAAUGGUGAAAGUGUUAUGGGACGCAAGAACUGGUGACUCAACGUGGGAAGUGGAAAGCGCCAUGAAGGACUUGUAUCCUAAUCUAUUUCCGGAAGGCGAGGCCACCUUAGAGGAUGUGAUCGAAGAAGAGAACUUAAUCGAUGUUGAAGUUAAAGCGGAGCAGUAG